ACGUUCCAUGCGCGCCCCGGGCGGGGUGGAUGAACGUUCCACGCGCGCUCCGGGCGGGGUGUAUGAACGUUCCACGCGCGCUCCCGGCGGGUUGUAUGAACGUUCCAUGCGCGCUCCGGGCGGGCGUGGAGGCGGAAGCGGAAGCGGCGGCGGCGGCUCGGCCUGCGCUGCGGACACGGGGAGAGCCAUGGUGGAGCCGGCCCCCCCCGCGGCGGAGCUGGCCCUGCGGCGCCGCCUGCCCCCCCGCCUGCCCCGGCGCCCGGGCGACGUCUACGUCAACAUGCAGACGGAUUUCAAGGCCCAGCUGAGCCGGUGCCAGAAGCUGCUCGGCCCCGGGGGCGGCUGCGCCGAGAUCUGCAUCCACGGGCUGGGCCUGGCCAUCAACCGGGCCAUCAACAUCGCCCUGCAGCUCCAGGCGGGCGGCGCCGGCGCCCUGUGCCUGGCCGCCAACACCUCCACCGUGCCGCUGGCCGACGGGCUGGAGCCCCAGGGCGACGGCGGGCGCCCGCCCCUGGCCCGCGCCCGCCACAACUCCGCCAUCCACAUCCGGGUGUGCGGGCGCGCCCCGCCCUGA